AUGCCACCAUUGUGGCUGGAUGUGCCCCAGUGUCUGGAUGUGCCACCUUCGUGGCUAUAUGAGCCCCAGUGUCUGGAUGUUCCACCUUCGUGGCAGUAUGAGCCCCAGUGUCUGGAUGUGCCACCAUCGUGGCUGUAUGAGCCCCAGUGUCUUGAUGUUCCACCUUCGUGGCUGUAUGAGCCCCAGUGUCUGGAUGUUCCACCUUCGUGGCUGUAUGAGCCCCAGUGUCUUGAUGUUCCACCAUCGUGGCAGUAUGAGCCCCAGUGUCUGGAUGUGCCACCUUCGUGGCUGUAUGAGCCCCAGUGUCUGGAUGUUCCACCAUCGUGGCAGUAUGAGCCCCAGUGUCUGGAUGUUCCACCUUCGUGGCAGUAUGAGCCCCAGUGUCUGGAUGUUCCACCUUCGUGGCUGGAUGAGCCCCAGUGUCUGGAUGUUCCACCUUCGUGGCUGGAUGAGCCCCAGUGUCUGGAUGUUCCACCUUCGUGGCUGUAUGAGCCCCAGUGUCUGGAUGUUCCACCAUCGUGGCAGUAUGAGCCCCAGUGUCUGGAUGUUCCACCAUCGUGGCAGUAUGAGCCCAGUGUCUGGAUGUUCCACCUUCGCGGGCAGUAUGAGCCCCAGUAUGAGCCCCAGUGUCUGGAUGUGCCACCUUCGUGGCUGGAUGAGCCCCAGUGUCUGAAUGUUCCACCAUCGUGGCAGUAUGAGCCCCAGUGUCUGGAUGUGCCACCUUCGUGGCAGUAUGAGCCCCAGUGUCUGGAUGUUCCACCAUCGUGGCAGUAUGAGCCCCAGUGUCUGCAAGUGUCAUCAUGA